CCUACAUGAGCUGUAGACACGUACACCACCAAUGUCUGUCAGCUGUUUUCACCUCUAUUCAGCUGCCAUUUCCCCACCUGCCUGAGUCUGACAGACCUGAGGGAGGUGGCAGACUAUAUAAGAGCAGAACUCUAGUCUAAAAAGCUGAUCACACAAAGAAAUUGGUCAAUUUUACCUCCACACAUUUUCUGAGAGAAUCCUCGAUGUGUAAAGGCCUCUCCUACCUGCCAUCCUCAUGCCUGGAAAAGGCAAAAGGGAUGAGGGUGAAGUUAAGCCACCUGGCUGAAACUCACCACAAGCACAAGGUUCAGGAUGGAAAAACUCCUCAGGAUUUGGAGUCUUUGCUCAACAACAAGACUGGUCUGGAGGUGUUUCGUGGUUUCCUGCAGUCUGAGUUCAGUGAGGAGAACCUUGAGUUCUGGCUGGCGUGCGAAGACUACAGGGUUUCUCCUUCAAACCUGCAGAGGACCAAGGCUGAUGGGAUCUACAGCCAGUUUAUUAACCCUGACGCCCCGCAGGAGGUAAACUUGGAUGCUGAGACCCGUGAGGGGCUGCUGAGUGUGAUGGAUUCUCCUUGUGUUGACACGUUCAACAAAGCGCAGCAGAGGAUCUAUAACCUGAUGGCGAAGGACUCGUUCCCUCGGUUCCUGCGUUCUUCUCACUGCAUGGAGGCCAUUUGGGAUUUUUAAACAUAUAAUAAUCAUAGCGUGUAUAUAUAUAUAUAUAAUAUGAUUAAACCACACAGACCUGCUUUAGAAAUGAGUGCUGAUAUGUCUGUGCUGCUUCACUUUGUUCACUGUAUUUUAUCAUUUAACAAACAGCUUGUUUUGUGAUGGUUUCUCAGAUGCUUGUGUUGUGUCUGUGUAUUAUCAAAUGUGUGCUGCUGUUUGUUUGUAGCUGAAUAAUAUUUUAUUAAAAUCAUGAAGCUAAAUGUCAAAACAGCAUAAAUGUUGAAAACUACAAAUGAAAUCCACAAGAAUAAAUGAUAAAUACCUCAUUAAAGAGACUGUAACACUACUAUAAAAAUGUGGUCAGUAGUUACUUUAAAAAACACAAAACAAAACAUAUACAUAAAAACAAACUGAUGUCUUAUUCACAAGACAAUUAAGAUGUUCUUUUAAAAGUUAAUUAAAUGGACUUUCAACAAUUGUUAAAGUUUAUUAUAUUUGCUAAAUAUUUCACACCAGGAUAUUUCUACCUUUAACAAAUCUCUAGGUAAAAUUAGAUUUACUUCAAUAAUUUUACCUCAUUUUCUUCAAGAAUUGAUAAAAAAAAGACUAAAAACACUUUACAUUCAUUAAAGUGUCAAGACAGUUAAAUGUGGCACAAUUAAAAUGCAGAAAAGGUUAUAAAUUACGUGGAAAUUUAGAAUAACUGAAGCCAAUGAGUUAAAAAAAAAAAAAAAAAAAUCUAUUUUAUCUGCUUAAUCAACAUAAAUUAGUUAGAAAGUCAUCAAUUAAUCAUCAACUCAGUUUAAUAUUUAUUAAAUCCACUUUUAGCCUAUUUUUAAGUAAAUAUUGCUUUGAUUUAUUAAGUGUUAUUUCACUCCAGUCUCAGUUUUUUUGUGUUUGCUGCAUGGUACGUCAUAAAAUACACAAGUUUUUUUUUUUUUUUUUAAUGGAUAUUUUCCAAAUUUACUUCAGUCAAAACUUGAUAAAAAUCUAUAUUUACAUUAAAAUCUAUCAGCCCUACCUCUAGUCAAUGAGCUGGCCUAAUAAUAACUCUGAGCCUUGACACUAUCCACGGCCACUUUCACAGUAUUAAAACAGUCAGUCCAAACAACCGGGCCCUCCUUUAGUGAACUGGCUUCACCUUGGGAAAGUUUGGUCAACAACACAAACUGAGGUGCUGCUCAAACAUAAACACACCCAAACCUGAUAUGACUCACCUGUGACUUACAGAUUAGAAAUUUAUCUCUGCCAAGGAGGUUAUGUUUUUACCAGCGUUGGUUUGUCUGUCUGUCUGUGUGCAAGAUAACUCAAAAAGUUAUGGACAGAUUUGGAUGAAAAUUUCAGGAAAUGUAGGUACUGGCACAGGGAACAAAUGAUGACAUUUUGGUGGUGAUCGAGGGGGGGCGACUGAUCUGCCUUGGCGGAGGUCUGCGCUCUCCGAGUGCUUUUCUAGUUUGUCAUGUAUUAAUAAAUAAUUCACUGAGAUGUACAGUUAAAGGAUGAAUUGUUCUUUUAUAGGCUGAGAAAAGCCUAUUUCUACUCAUUUUUAUCAGACUAACUCUUUAAAAAGCCUCUUGGAUCAUCUGAAAAAUUUAUUGUGGCAAAGAUGGAAUUAGGAUUGUUUUUUUGAGCUCAUGGAAAGUUUACUUUUUAGAGACUCAGGGUUUACACAACUACACUGCAAACAUAUGAUCAACUUGUAGUCUAUAGUGGGCUGCUGUAGAUUAAACUGCCAACAGUUCAUGAAGUAGCUCAAAAGAACUCAACAUUAAACAUCAGGAAAAACAUAACAUACACACAAAUAUAUGUAAAUUCAAAAACACUAUAUUGUAUUUAAUAACAAAACUACAACUACUUUGACUUACGUUUUUCUAUACAUUUACUUGUAGCACAGGAUAUAUAGAAAAUGUUGGAUCUGAAUACUUCUACCACUGUUCAUUUAAGAUUGUAAACAUAAAAAUAUCAAUUAUAUAAUUACCAUGGAAAGUUGAGACCACAAAAACAAUGAGUCUGGUUUUCUCUCACUUUAACCCUGACAUUUUAUUGUUUUCAUGCAAUAAAAUGAUCAUUUACAAAGGGAUUGAAGUAUGAUCUUGUGUAAAUUCUGCUUUGAAAAAGGAUUUGACCAACAUGACAUCAAA